GGCCGACGGAGCCUGGUCCCGGGCAGAUACCUGCAUUUGUCCAUGUAUCUGUGAAGAUUUCAGUCCAUCCAUGCCUUCUCAUCCUUUGCAACUCUUAGAAGAUCCAUCCAAGGGACACUAUGAAUGAAGAGCAGUUUGUAAACAUUGACUUGAAUGAUGACAACAUUUGCAGUAUUUGUAAAUUGGGAACAGAUAAAGAAACACUUUCCUUCUGCCAUCUUUGUUUUGAGCUAAAUAUUGAGGGAGUACCAAAAUCUAAUCUCUUGCAUACAAGAUCAUUAAGGGGCCACAAAGAGUGCUUUGAAAAAUUCCAUUUGAUAGCAAACCAGGAUUGUCCUCGAUCUAAACUCUCCAAAAGCACUUAUGAAGAAGUCAAAACUAUAUUUAGUAAAAAGAUAAAUUGGAUUAUACGGCAUGCUCAGAAUAAGGAUGUAGAGACUGAUUCUGAAUGUUCUAAAACUUCCCAGCACUCACUUUUAAAUUUUAGACAUAAGUCAGAUAGAAAGUUAUUGCCACAGUUUGAUUCCCAAGUACCAAAGUAUUCUGCAAAAUGGAUAGAUGGAACAACAGUAAGCAUCUCAAACCAUGCACAAAGGAUUUUGGAGCAAAGAGAAUCUACAAACUUUGGGCUUGAUAUGCUGCAAGAUCCAAGUGCCCCUUUCUCCCAUAAUAGUGUUUUGUGGUCUCAUCACCAGCAAGCUCAGAAAAAAGAAAAGAAAGCCUCUGUUUCAGAUAUUAGUGACCAGAGACAACACACUUAUUAUACCAGAGAACAAUUGAAUUCGAUGAGCCUUGGUGAGGUAGAGCAGCUGAAUGAAAAGCUUCACCAGCAAAUCCAGGAAAUUUUUGAGCAGCUGGCACAUCAAGUACAAGAAAAGGAUUCUUUGGCUUCAGAACUCCAUGUCCGACAUAUUGCUAUUGAACAACUACUUAAAAAUUAUUCCAAGUUGCCAUGUCUUCAAGUGGGGAGACAAGGAAUGAAGUGCAACCUUCCCAUAAGUAAUUGA